AUGCCGUCCUCUGCGCCUGUCCUACGGCCCAAGAAGGCUCUUCCCAUCAAUGCCCAUAAGGAGGAGGAGCCGAUCAGCUACGACAUCAAUAUCCCUUACGUGGAUGUCACCAAGGAGUCUCACCUACGCACCAGAUACCCCGAAUACCUUCCCACGUGGGACAAAGUGUGGUUCGAUCCUCUUCCUCCUUUUGAGUAUCAGGACCCUGCCCUUCGCGUGAAGGAUAAGUCCAAGCGCAAUCUUCUGUCACCCGGCACAAAAGUGACGGAGAUCCAACCGCGCAUUGGUAGCAUCGUGGAAGGCGUUCAGCUCAACCAGCUCUCGGAUGCCCAGAAAGAUGAGCUUGCCCUUUUGGUUGCCGAACGCAAGGUGGUAGCUUUCCCGGACCAGGACCUCAUUGAUGAUGGUCCUGAGGCACAAGAGGCUUUCAUGCGUCACUUUGGCAAGCCCAAUUAUCAGCCCGUCUCUGGCUCAAUGCGCGGGCAUCCAGGUUUCCAUAUCAUCCAUCGCGACGGCAACCGCGAGGAGAUCACUCGCUUCCUGUCGCAGCGCACUACUACGACACUCUGGCACCAGGAUGUCAGCUACGAGAUCCAGCCCCCGGGCUAUGUGAUGCUUGGGCUGCUGGAGGGACCUGAAGUAGGUGGUGAUACUGUUUUCUCGGCAACCGAUAUGGCAUACAAGCGUCUUUCUCCAACUCUCACGUCCUGGUUGGACACGCUGCGCGCAACCCACUCAUCGGCAAAAAUGAUCCAGCAUGCACGUAUGACUGGGAGCCUGGUACGCAAAGAAGCCGUCGACACCGUCCACCCGCUUGUGCGCGUCCACCCAGUCACAGGCGAGAAAUGUCUUUUUGUGAACGGCGAGUUCAUCACCAAGAUUCAAGGUCUGAAGGAGCCCGAGCAGCGCUGGUUGCUGGACUUCCUCAUGCAGCAUAUCAUCACUGGGCACGACUUUCAGGCGCGAGUGAGGUGGCAGCCUCGGACCAUUGUAAUCUUCGACAAUCGCUGCACAACGCAUUCCGCCAUUGUCGACUACCUCGAUGAUGAUAACGGCGCCAAACUCCGUCACAUCUUCCGUCUGUGCGCAUUGGGCGAAAAGCCCAUCCCUGUAUACGACCAAUUCGAGUAAAUCCCGACGGCCUCCGCCACCUGUUCGAGGAGCUCUAUCCUUGUUCUCAGCACCUCUUAGUUCUCACGGAAGGUCAAGGGUGCUGGACGCCACCGCGAUGCCUUGCCAGCAAUAACGUUCCAUGCAGC